AUGAGGAGGGACAGCAGGGUUGCGGCAGGGAUACAGAGCUGUCGUGGUUGUCACAACAGUGUAGCCGAAAAGGCCGGUGAAAAGUGCACUUCAGUCAGCACCCGGCUGCGGGUAGCACAAGCAAAGCUCGGACCUGUGGAGGACGACCUUGGGCUGUUGACAGCUGUCGCCAACAAAGACCUCUUGGUAGCACAAGCAAAGCUCGGACCUGUGGAGGACGACCUUGGGCUGUUGACAGCUGUCGCCAACAAAGACCUCUUGGAAGCUGCAGAUUUUGGAUCCAGGAGAUUUCUGAAGAGGUUGAGGAGGUGCGCCAAGUACAACGAUCCUUGGAAAGUAGCACAAGCAAAGCUCGGACCUGUGGAGGACGACCUUGGGCUGUUGACAGCUGUCGCCAACAAAGACCUCUUGGAAGCUGCAGAUUUUGGAUCCAGGAGAUUUCUGAAGAGGUUGAGGAGGUAUGAGGAGCCACAUCUUCGGCAUGAGCCCAUUGUUUUUGUUCUCGGCAUUGCCAGAGCCAGACUUUUUGGCAAAGGUGAUCAGCAGAACAGCCAAAGAGAAGUAAACCUCUGGGCCUUCGCUUCUGCUGCUCACAGAGUUGCAGUGGCAAUCAUCUCAGUGGAACCUGGGCUGGUCCUCACUCUGAUACUGGUAGGCAGAUUGGUCAUUGAAGACGAUGGCCAUGGAUCUUUGGCUGGGUGGCCCUGUGAGGCUUCGGCCUUCAGCUUCAUGGCCUUCAUGGCCUUCAGCUUCAUGGCCUUCAUGGCCUUCAGCUUGAUGGCUUUCAUGGGCUUCAUGGUGGCACCCUUCAUGGUCUUCAUCUGGCUGUUGCUCUUCAUGGCCAUGGCUAUACAGCACAGUUUGGAGGCUGCUUGGGGCGAUUGGUGGCAAAGGCUGGCCACCUUGGGCACUGAAAGGAUCAAUUUUCUGGCAAACCAAGGUUUCAUUGGGGCCAACCUUGUCCAUGUUGGUGAGGCAUGGGAGUUUGAAAUUGGUAAAGAGGCUUGCUGGAUGCAAGGCAAAAGCCACCUGCUGGUGAGACACCGCAUGCUUUUGGCAAGCUUCAUGGAGUGCCAGGGUGGCUUCCAUCCUGGCAACCUCUUCCUUGCAGAAUGGCAAAGCUUGUGGUACAAAAUGAAAGGAACAGAACUGAUGCACUUUGCAAAAGGCUGGGAGAGGUGGAAACUAUUGGAACUUUUGCCUUUGCUGCGAACCCUGCGUCCUUUGGAGCAUCGCAACAUCGCAGGUGUAGCCGAAAAGGCCGGUGAAAAGUGCACUUCAGUCAGCACCCGGAUGCGGAGGGACAGCAGGGUUGCGGCAGGGAUACAGAGCUGUCGUGGUUGUCACAACAGUGUAGCCGAGAAGGCCGGUGAAAAGUGCACUUCAGUCAGCACCCGGCUGCGGGCGGAGCCCUACUUGCCUGCCAUGUCUGAAGAUUCUCGCUACGAAUGGAGCGGAGAUGAAUUUGGGUUUGGACAAAACGUCCCCGAUGCCUCUUCAACCCAUACGGUGAUGAACUCAGCUGCAGUGCCCGUGCUUGAGAGCGACCACCAUGCACCUUCAUCCGAGAGUGAAACAGACAUGCCGAGCCUGUGGAAUCCUUUCGAAGCUGAAGAUGCAGAUCAAGCAGACGAAGCUCACCACUUUCAUGACUGGAGGUGCCGUGAUUGCUCCUGCCCUGACUGGCGACCCAUGGGAAGUGAAUUCAGGUGCGUUCGCUGUGGUGGGAUGCGAUUUUAUGAUGCCGCAUGGAACUACAGCAUGAACCCUGAAUGGUAUGACUGGAAACAGACAUGGAAGAAGCCUGAUGAUCCAUGGGAUACACCUGGAGGCGAGCGUGCUGAAUCUGAAGCUGCCACCUACGACCCAACGGUCAACCCUGACACGUUGCAGUCGACGCCAUCAAUGAGCCGGAGACAGAAGAAGGCAGCCCGUCUCCAAGAUAAAGAACGCGCCCAAUACAAAGAUGAUUUGCAUGCUACAUCACAAAGCCCUUCGAAGCCAUUGCAGCCUCCGCCACGUUCCUCGCCUAGUAUGUCUCCCUUGAAAGCUGGUUCCUCAGGAUCAGAUCCAAAACGUGCCAACAACUGGAGAGACGAGAUGUUGAAAGGUUUGCAAGAUGCAGUGAACUCCAAGAAUGACAAGACGAAGAACUGGACCAUACAACAGGGUGGAAUUAUGGACGUGACGAUCCAGAAGUGGCGUGACGAUCUUCGAGCCUUUCAGAAGUGGACGCGCAAAAUUGAGGUGUGGCGCAUCCAGAUUGCUGCAUACCUUCCUCCAAACGAAGCUGCUAUGCUCCUCUAUGUCUCCCUCAAAGGCGAGGCUGAAGAAGAGCUGGAAUGGUGCGACGUUUCAUUGAUCAACAACGAGAAGGGCAUUGACUAUAUCAUUGAGACCUUGAAACAGCCGCUGAUGACAAAGGCGAUUUACCUCAAACGUCGCUACUUGCAUGAGUAUGAGUACGUGCAGCGGCAACAGAAUGAGACCAUUCGGACCUUCUGCAAUCGCUAUGGCAGAAUUGAGCGCAGUUUGCGUUCAGUUCAGAUCAAUGUGGAUGGCAUGUAUGACUCUGAGAGCCGUGGUGCCCGACUCUUGGAACGCAUGAGACUUGGUUUGGAACAGCAACGAUUGAUUUUGGUUGCAGCAAAUCAGUUGUUGGAAUUUGAUGUGAUUCGAGAAGCCGCCCAAGUUCAAUUUCCAGACCAUCGACCCACUCCUGCAGUUGUUUUCAUGAGAGAGUUUGAAGGCAACAGGUAUGAUGGUAGCACCAAAAGCAACAAUGCCAAGCCGAACACUCCGUCCAAGGGCAAUAACACCUUCACCAACCAGCAGCCGAAAGGCAAAGGCCGUGGUGGACGCGGCAACAAUGCACCUCGACAGCGAGCCUAUGUCACUGAGGUUCAUGAUGAUGAUGGCAAUCAAGAUGAACAUGCUGAUCAAGAGCCUGGUGAAGAUCCGGAGGAUGGAGCCGCCGACCAGGCGGACGAGCAGCAAGAGCAAGAUGAUGCUGCAGAAGGAGAAGAAGAAGCCGCGGAAGACGCGGACCAAGCUGAUGAUUUAUCUGAGGUGAUUCGUUGUUUGACAGUCACUGCAAGAAGACUUCAAGGCCUCACACUUGGCCGCAAGUUCAGCGGCAACACCAAGAGCAUUGCCCAACGCAAAGCUGAGUCACACUGUGCAGUAUGUGGCCAGAAAGGCCAUUGGCAAGGUGACAGCGAGUGCCCACAGUCUGGAUCUACUGCAAGUUCCUCCGGCGGCAAAGGAAAGACUCCUGCAGCCACGCCGAAGAAAUCUGAUGCGAAAGGCGGUCAGAGCAAAAAGGUCCUGGCUUUGGUUCAUUCUGGUGGCAAGCGCUUGGUGAACUUUGAAGACCCCGUUGAGAUUGACCAGUCCAUUUGCUUGAUUGGAACGAGCGUCAUCAACUCCACGAAUGACAUCCCGUUGUUAGGCAGCAACCGACUCCUCGAGAAGCUUCAAGCCGUCAUCGAUCUCGGCAGAGGCGUGGUGGUGAUGAAGGGUUUGUCAGCUAGUUCAAUAGAGGUUCCAAUCCACACCGUGAAUGGACAUUUGGCAGUGAAGAUUGCAAGUUUUCCUGAACAUGUUCACUCAUUUCAUGAAGUUUGGCAUGCACUCAGCAGCUUGACCGACGAGUGCGAUGCUGAUGUUGAGUUGAUCCGCAUCCACAACCAGCUCAAGAGCAAACCCAAUUCGAACUCUGAGGCGCGACACCUUGAGAAUGCCACCGCCUCCGGCAUGGCUCCAAGCAUGGCGUCGCUUUUUGCUGGCGCUCUACCAUGCCGAAGUCCUCCUGAUACGAGUGAUGAUGCAAGCUGUCCAGCUGCGCAUUCGUCCGAGGGCAUGGCGGUCCCACCAAGAUCCACUUUGGAUGGAGGAGCAGAACCACCUGCUGAAGCGUGCCAUGUCAGCAUGCGAGCACGCGACAAUUCAGAGGUCCGGCAACAAGCACGGAAGAUACAGCAAAUGCCUGACCUGCGGAAAGAAAUGGAAGUGGGACCAAGACACAGAGCAAUGGGUGGAUCCACCAUUAAAAGCCUCGCGAGUGCCGCUGCCUUUACCGUCCUCCUCCACGGCAGCCACAUUCUUGGAGAAGAAGCAUACACCGGCACUGUCCAUGGGCUUGGUGAUCCCCCGAGCUACGACCAAGGCACUGGCUAUCAAAAGCUCAGCCAAACCCAAGGGAGCCUCAAGACCACCGAAGAGAUCCUCUCAGGUCAGAGAUCGGGAGGAGGAGAUGUCAGACAGCUUCGACUGGAGCCUGGUGACGGAAGUAGAGGCCGAGAGCGCAUCUCCGCCCAGAAGGUGAAGCAGGGCAACAAAACUUGGCUUGCAGGCCAUUUGAGAGCCACUUCCAAGAUCUAUGACAAGGAGACCCACAUCUACAAGGAACUUCCAACACACCAUGACAGGGUGAAAGAUGGCAGCAUGGCAGAUGUUGCAGUGGUCGACUUGAUAGAAGUCUUUGCAAGCAAAGCAAGAGUUUCAGAGCUGGCUCCUCAAUUUGGCCUUAGCGACUCCAAAGUGCCCAGCAACAGGAAGAGUUCGCUGCAAACUCUUUGGGAGGAAAAUCCAGGAAGACGAGGAACAGCAACUGAGUUCAUCAAGUCGGGUGGCAUUUCUGACCUUUACAACGAAGCAGAAUUGGAGGGACCAAAUUUUGUGUUCUCCUUCACUCGCUUCAAACGAAUUGCAGAUCUCCAAGAGGCCUUCGGACAGAUUUGUCGACCACAUGGGUGA